CUAAUGUGACGUAACGGGGUGGGUCGUCUAGUGGUCACGUGAUUUUUGGCGUGGUAAAGCCAGAGAGGUAUAUAAACCCUACACAUCUUGCUGCGAUACUUCUGUUACUCAAGAAGGGAUACUCUGGUAAUUUGCUUCACACUUCUAGAAAAAUACCCCUUUUUUAAUUGUUGCGGAUUCAACCAGCAUCAUGGACGGCGGAGUGACAGUAGUAACCAAUCCUGUUGUGAAUGUGCGCCUAACAAGCUCCAUCUCCUCCUUCGAGGUGCAGCGCAGGUUCAAUAGAGGGAUUAGUAUAGCAGAACUGAAGGGAAAAUUGGAGAUGGUUUUGGGUGCAUCUCCCUCCUGCAUGGACCUGGAGUUGUUCAGCGUCUCUGACACAUUCCUGCAGAAAAUGGACAACAAUGAAGCUUUGCUGGGUUCCUUUCCUGUGGAUGAUGACUGCAGAAUACAUGUUACCGAUAGAAGUGGUCAGAUGAGCGAGUUCAGUGAUGUUUCCAAGGUGGAGAAGUUUGAACUCCCAGAGGACUCUUAUGAAAAGAGAACAGAUUCAGCAAGGUCAUUCAUGAAGAAACAUCGGGUUGGUGUCUAUAACGAGGAAGAAAUGGCCAAGAAGAAAGCUGACCUUGCUGCUCGGGAGGAGGAGCAGAAAGCUGCUGCUGAUGCUAUUUCUGUUGGCAGCAGAUGCCAAGUGCAGGUCUCAGGGCAACCGACAAAGCUUGGCACCGUCAUGUAUGUUGGAACAGCAGAUUUCAAGCCUGGCUACUGGGUGGGUCUGAAGUACGAUGAGCCCAUGGGAAAGCAUGAUGGAACUGUCAAUGGCAAGCAAUACUUUGAAUGCGAGGACAAAUAUGGAGGAUUUGUGAAGCCCCUAAAUGUGACGGUGGGAGACUUUCCUGAGGAGGAUUUUGGUAUUGAUGAGAUGUAGGACUGUAAUGUGACAGUGAGUGUUUCUGCCCGGAAAUGUGAGUGUCGACCUCAAGCUGUUCCCAUUCACCGACCAGAGAGGAUGCAAAGUCACUGUCAUCAUAACAAAUGAAUUUUCUGUUUUUUGUAUUUUUACUUUGUGCCUCUCUGUGGGGCAUUAUCCAAAGCACGGUGUCUUAAGGUCUGUGAUGCUCAGAUUCUCUCUCACUACACAACAUGAAUGAGGAGAAUGUCAGGUAGUACAUCUCCUGGUUUGCUACAUAUGAGAAUGGUACAGGAUAAUCACACCAACAAUGUCUAAUAAAGGGGGUUUGGUUGCAUGUAUCACAAGGUCAAUAUGUGGUCAUUCACUUCAUGCACUUAGAUUUAAUUUACUUGCUUUUGCAGUACCUGUUGCUUCCAAAUGUUCUGUACAUGGGAGUCAUCUUUGUAAUCUGAAAGCCUGUAUUGACAGUUUUAACACCAAUUUAAUUUCUCUUCAAUGAUUUUUGUAUCGGUUAGUACAAAGAUGAUUGUCUAUAACUGUUUAUAUUUGGCUGUUGUCUUUGCAUUUUUUUUGAUGACUGUUAUAUCACUCUCUAUAACUCACUCUCCAUUGUAAUCCCAACACAGCUCUGAAAAAGGAAUAAUAUGCCUUAUUUAUGCUUUGUUUUUAUUUGACUGUUCCAAUACUGUUAACAUCUUUUUCAUCCUCUAGUUUACAGAAGAAAUGUUUAUUUUAUUUUUUCAGAAGAUAUGUGAUUACUUAUACAGAAAUGUAGUGUUCUUUUUUUUUUUUUCCUAAAAUAAUCUCUAAAGUGCUUGUGUUACUAUGUGCUAAAGGUAAUGAAUAUUAAUAAAAAUGAUUUGCCAGUACAAAGGUA